GGUCCGUGCCCCUCGCUUCCCUUGAAUUGUCGGUUCGCCCCGGUGCUGCCAGCUGGGUACUCCAUCGUUUACUCGCCCACGCCCGCUCUUGUAUCUCUGCCAUCCGUGCCAGUCAUGACUUCCAAAAAGCGAUCCCGAGCCUCCUACAACUACCAUCUGCAGCCCAGCAAACAGAGGCGCCCGGCUGCCAUCAAAAUUGUCCUCCCAGCGACCCCUCCGCUGUCCAAAGACGUCUCCCCGGUCGAAAGAGAAACUCCCCAGGCCAAGCAUUUUGCGAUUGAUAAGAUCUCAGAACCUGUCAGCGAGAUCCAUGAACAACAAGCUGCUCCUAUCACGAGCAUUCCUCGAUCCCUUGAACCGGGCCCUGAUGUACAAGCUUUGAUUGGCGACCAGACAGCCAACACCAGCAUCCCAGCGGCUGCCAUCGAUGGAGCCGUGAUCACUCCUGAAGUCGAUCAAGCUUUCAACGACUUCAACUUUUGGCGUCCAUCGUUCCCUAGUCUUGAUCUCGAACUCGGAGAAGCCCCUAUCAAAGAAUCGACCCGAUCCCCCUUGGAUUGGUGUCAGUCGGCCGAGUCUAGUUCCCAGGCAUCUGUCCGAGCGGAUCCAGUGGCUAGCAGCGCUCCAACUAAUUCAACUGCACCAGCCGCUGCAGUUGGUGCCAAACUCAAUGAAACCAAGACCUCGAAGCCCAAAGCUGCCAACAAGUUCGUGUCUGCCCCCGAAACGACAUCGUCCAGAAAAGCCAAGGUCACCGAGAAUCUCGGCCCCAGGGAGGGCCAGGCCGUGCAGCCGACCAGCCAGGCCAGGAUUUUGGCUUCGUCCGGCCCUGAAGCCACACAACUGUCUGAUGCUGAGUCAACGCCAGUAUUUGACUGGUCCGAGCCCUUCUUGGGAGGCGGCACUGACUAUGUGGAAGCGGAUGAAAGGGCAUACUUUGGUCCUUUCAACCGCGCUGCUACAGUUAUUGAUGGACCAAAGGCCGCCGAUACCUUCGUAUCGCCACUGCUAACGAGCCAUCCAAUCGAAGCAAAGCCCUCUCCCGAUCUUGUCGAGUCAAUCUUUGGUCCCAACGCCAAACGAGCCCUGCCUCCUCCCAUGUUUACAGCAGAUCGUAAGCCUGGAUACUAUUACGCCAGCGUGCCGAUUCAUGGCCCUUCCAGCUCAAGCUCAAGCCGCGCCAGCGAUCAUCCUGGUCAGAACAGCACUGCUCCUGCUGCAGCACAGUCCACCUUUCACCAGGUCAACGCCAAAGACUACAUCGAUGCUGAAGAGCGAGUGUAUUACGGUCCGGUGUCUCGACACUGUCAGCCAUAUGAGCUUGUCCUCGAACGUCUCACGGACCCAGCUUCCGCUGGUCAGAACCAGCCAAUCAAACGUGAACAGCUCAAGUCGAACUCCAGUCUGACCGCUGCAACAGCGCCAGCUCGAGUAGCGCACGACCAAAGCGUCCCAGCUGAGAACUUUACCAACAGCGUUCAGCUGAUGGUCGAAACCCAGCAUCAAUGCGAAAGCAUUCGAGAUGCAAACCCAUUCCACCGCAAAACACCGUUUUGGCUGGACGAUCCGAUCGCCGCUUCCGCCCCGAUGCCGGUGAACGGCAGAGUCCCAACGCCAAGCGAGUAUCUUGAUGGAGAGGAGCGUCUCUAUUACAGUCCAUCCAGAGAGAAGCGGGACAGUCACUUUCUGGCAUCGGCGACCCAAGUCUGCUGAGCUUCCGUAGGCCCCGGUGAGCAAGCCAUGCGAUUGUUUCCCAUCCUGGUUGGCAAUCUCUUUGUUUUCGUUGGUUUGGGAAGCGCAGUCUUGAAUACACUUGGUCGAUCCCCUGUGGC